GAGCGAUUCACUGAUGUAUUCAUUGAUUGACUGAUUGUUUCAGUCUUUGACUAAAAUAUAUAACAAAAUACUGAAGAAUUUGCGGAAAAUGCCCGAAGAAUGCGCUUACAAGAGGUACACCUCUCACACUAUCAACGAGAGACUGGCUAUUGUCCAAAAGGAGAAAGAGGCCGAAGUGAUUGAGCAGAAGAUCGGCUGCGGAGUGAUCGAAGAGCUCAUAGUUCAGGCCGAGAGUGAGCUGUUGCUGUCCCACAGGAUACUGGACACCAAGGCUUGGCAGCCCUUACAGACCAACCCACCGCCAAACCAGUGGAAGUGGCCUAUUGUCUAACCAUUACUUAUUUGCAAUAGUCUCAAGAAGUGUUUGUUUAUAGCAAUUACACAAACAUUAGAAUCAAUGAGAGAUAUUUGAGUCGAGAAUGAUAUGUAAUUUUAGUGGAAUUCAAAUUCAAUAAAAUAUUCAUUAAUUGGUU